GGACAUUACAGGGCAGUCCAGCUGUGUAUGAGCUGCAGGAGCGGAUCCAGCAAGUGAGCGCAGGACAGCACGAGCAGACUCUGGUCGGGGUUCGCUCCUCUUUUCAUUUAUCCUCCUGGAGAUUCUCCCCUCAGGAUCCCCCCAAACCUCUGAGUAUCCUGAAGACGAGGACCCCAGCACCUGCAUCAGCACCAGUCCCCACAUGGAGGCGGAGUUCUCUGUGUGCACGCGGAGCGGUUCUCUGUACCUGUGGGACGUGGAGAGUGGGUUACAGCGCGUGCGGCAGGAUGCAGAGAACCUGAUAUUCCGUGAUGACUCUGGGUGGUGGUGGAGCGACUUCACAUCUCACCCUCGGGUGCUGACCUUCGCGGACAGGACGGGGGUGCAGCUGGUGGACAUCAGGGUUCCCAAUUCAGAGGGACGGGACCUUUUCCGCAUUGGGCAGGAGAGUAAAUAUCAGUGCGGAGAACGAGUGAUGAUAACACGGAGCCUGCGGGAGACCGAUCCGGCGCACUGCCUGGUGACCACUCAGUUCUCUCUAUACAUCAUGGAUGAGCGCUUUCCUUUGGUGCCCGUGACUAAAUGGGAUCACAUGCUGGAGGAACCUCCCACGUAUGUCUGCGCCAUUCCUGGAGACACCAUUGACCGCCCCAACAACAAGAUCCUGCUCGGCACUCAGCACAGUCAGGAGACGCUCAUGGUGCAAUACUCGGGUGGUGGCUCCAGCUCCUGUCGACUGCACUUACCGGCUCUAUAUCUGCCACGGCUUUGCAAGUCUCUGGAUCAUCUGGCUCCGCUGCUGCCUCAUCACCAGGACACAGUGCUCCCGAGGCUGCAGUCCCCGCUGGCCGGUUUGGCGUCUGCUUCCUUGGGAUCGGACAGAGAUCUCUUGCUGGUUUUCCAGUUGACUGCCGCCGGUGAUCUUUUCAUCCAGAGACUCUUACAGAAGGCGGCCAACACACCAGAUGACAUUACAGUACAGUCCCCUGUGUCUGACUCCGCCCCUGAGGAGCCAGUUGCUAGCACCUCCCACCAGUCAGCCCCUGAGGAUGAGGCUGUAAGCUGCAGUGCUAUGUCUAGUCACCUGGUUUCUCCCGGCACUUUCCCCUCACCCCUGCGGUCUAAUAGUAGCUUCUGCAGGUGGCUCCAUGAUUUGUACAGAGCCCGCCCCCAAGGAGGGCCUGCCCCCCGCCCACGAUGCUCACUACAACAACGUUCCCUUUCAGAGAAGAUGAGGGACAACACCCCAGAAGUGUCCAGACUGAGGGAGCAUCUACGGCAGACUAUGAGGAGGGGAGUGCUCGUCCCCCCAGAGGCCACAUCCCCCAGGUUAGAGGCCGUCCAUACAGAUGGCUGGAAGGAUCCACUGAGCGAGCGUCUGACAGCGUCCUGGGAGGGGGCACUGGGGCUGUGGUGGGAGGAUCUACUGGGGACAAACAAGGAGAAGAAGAUCCGGGCGCUGAGAGAAAAACGACUAAGACUGAAACGGGCCCGGACCCGAAGCGCGCUGUCCGGGAGCUUCACCUCAAUCGCCUCCGAACCUUAUGAGAGAGAGGCCGCCUCUCCGUGGUCAGGGGACAGUGCCCCAGGGUUAGACUCAUCUGCUGACCUCAUAGCAGUGCCCUCCACCAGUGAGGACCCUGCAGGAGACUCCUCAGCCAUCACAGUCCUCUCCUCACAGUCUCUACAGGUCAAAGGAAUCCCGCACGAGAAGAGACUGGUGCUGCGAGAGUUCCUCUCCUCCACUGUGACCGCUCCCGCACCUCUGCCCACGGCCUCCCAGCCACACUCUCAGUCCCAGCCACACUCCCAGUCCCAGCCACACUCCCAGUCCCAGCCACACUCUCAGUCCCAGGCUGUGUCCCAGCCACACGCUCAGUUGGAGCCAUUCCCCCAGUCACUCUUCCAGCCACUCUCUGAAUCGCAGUCACUCUUCCAGUCCCAGCCCCUCUCUCAGUCCCAGCCCCUCUCUCAGUCGCAGUCACUUUCCCAAUCUCGGUCCUUGCAGUCUCAGGCCUCGAGGAAGAGAUUUCGGAUGGGAUUUUAAGGAAGUGCGCCUGUCCACACCACACUAUGAUGCACAUUAUGACUGCAGCUCUGGAUGUGACUGGAGCACUAGACCGUGCAGCCGCUCACACAUUUCUGUAUACAUAAAGCUUGUAUAAAGAAGAGCUCUAACAUCAGCUGAUUUGUUUGGGAGCCCUAAAAAUAAAGAAGAAAUACAA